AUGUACGACAUCGGUCACGUCGCUGAGAUCCUAGACAAUUGGCCGGAGAAGGAUAUCCGUGCUAUUUGUCUUACCGACGGUGAGCGGAUCCUCGGAUUGGGCGACCAGGGUGCUAAUGGAAUGGGGAUUGCUACCGGGAAGCUCGCGCUGUACACAGCAUGCGCUGGUGUUCCACCUCAAAUGUGUCUCCCAGUCACGCGAGACUGCGGUACAAACAAUGGGGAACAUCUGGCUGAACCGUUCUACAUUGAUCUGUGUCAGGAGCGCGUGCGAGGUGACAAGUUUGAGCGACUUGCGGAAGGGUUUAUGAAGACCGCGAAAGCCAAGUACGAAGACAAAGCGCUGCUCCAAUUCGAAGACUUUGGCAAUUCCACAGCGUUCCCGUUGCUGCAGAAGUACUAA